UGGAAGUUAUGGAUACCACUUUUUUAUCGAGCUUCAUGUCGGGCAACGAUAGCUUUACCAGCCGAAUAUCAACAAAUUAUGCUGAAAGCUCCAUUUCUCACGCAUUCCUUGCGUCAGUCUAAUAAUACACUUGAACAUGCAUGUGUAUUAUUUAUAGGACUUGGAGCUCGAACGAUUGCUAAUUAUAUUCAUCGCUUUCAUCAGGUAGAAACUAAUGAACUCAUAUUGGAAGAAAGCAGUUGGUAUUUAAGCAAAAUUUGGUUUGUAAAUCCUACUUGGAAUCGUAUCAAUUUUUCGACUGCCGGUAAACGAAUAAUAAUUGCUUGA